AUUGCCCUUUUCUCUUAUCACAGAAGAAGAAAAAGAGAGCGAUAAAGCAGCAAAAAUAAGAUAGAAGCUCCAUUGAUUAUUUCUUUUGUUUUCUUUUCACUUCAAGACUUAAACUUUUUAGCUGAAUCAAUGGCUGGAAUCCUAAAGCUCCAAGCUUGGAGUAUAUUGUGAAGAAGAAGAAAAAUCGAAUUUUCUUUUCUUUUAAUUUAUUUAAUUUCUGGAAAAUGGAAUGUAUGGGUAUGAUGAUGGCUAGUAGCUUAGAUCCUGAAAGGAAGCAAAGUGGAGGACUUAGAACAAAACAAGCUGGACGAGGAUCUUGCCGUGGAAGUUAGUCUCCUGUUUCAAUCUCCUUUUAAAGAAUUUUGAAAAUUGCAGUGUUGUAAAGUGAAGAAGAUCGUUCUUUAGUUGGAGCUGAGAGAAGGAAGCUAUGGGUGUUUUGCUAAGAGAAGCGUUGAGGUCUAUUUGCGUUAAUAAUCAAUGGUCUUAUGCUGUUUUCUGGAAAAUCGGCUGCCAAAACUCAAGCUUGCUGAUUUGGGAGGAGUGCUACAACGAAACCUCAGUUUCUGGAAAUGAGAAUGUUCAGUUGCUUACAAACAGAAUGAUGUUGAACAAUCGAAUCAUUUUGGUAGGAGAGGGGUUGGUUGGGCGAGCUGCAUUUACAGGACAUCAUCAAUGGAUACUAGCAGCAGAUAGUUUUAACCGCGGUGGUGUUCAUCCACCUGAGGUUAUUAAUGAGAUGCUUCUCCAAUUCUCUGCUGGUAUUCAGACCGUCGCAGUUAUCCCAGUUGUUCCUCAUGGUGUUGUUCAACUCGGUUCUUCCUUGCCUAUUAUGGAGAACUUGGGGUUUGUGAAUGAGGUGAAGGGUCUUAUCCUGCAACUUGGAUGUGUCCCGGGAGCUCUUUUGUCUGAGAGUUACACAACAUAUGAACCUCCUGCUGCUGAUUUUAUUGGAGUCCCCGUCUCCGGGUUAAUAAUGCCCUCUCAAAGACACAAGAUCCUCCAGUCUUCUGCGGCUUUUUUCAACUCUACUGCUUCACCAUCAGAUCAUCAAACAUUUGAAGAAGCUUCCUGUAAUCUUAUGGAUGAGCAUCUCAAGCAAGGAGAAGGAUGGCAAAAUCCAGAUGCUUGGCUGAAUCAAAACUUGUCCUGUAUGUCUAAUGUGGUCCAGUGUGAAGACUCCAGCUCUAAACAACGAAGCGAGGACUUGUUUGACAUGUUGGGUCUGGAUGAUGAUAGGAACAGAGGUUGGGGGAUGAGAACAGAACAGCUCACUAGGGAGUUAUCAGACUUUGGGAUCAUUCAAGAAACAGAUCAUCUCUUGGAUGCUGUGGUCUCAGGUGCUUGUUCCUCCUCCACAAAGCAAAUCUCAUCAGAUGAGACCUCCGAGUCCUGCAAAACCACAAUGACCAAAGUUAGUAACUCAUCCGUUACCACCACACCAUCUCACAACAGCCCUCAAGGAGGUUUAUAUAAUGAGAAGAAACCUGUGGGGCCGCCCCCAUCGUCGGCGCUUUACGGGUCUCAGAUCAGUUCUUGGGUUGAGCAAGCUCACAGCUUAAAGCGUGAAGGCACUCCAAAGGUGAAUGAAACUGCAAAACCGGCUGCUAGUAACCGUAAGAGGCUUAAACCAGGAGAGAACCCAAGACCAAGGCCUAAAGAUCGCCAAAUGAUUCAAGAUCGUGUCAAGGAGUUGCGUGAAAUCAUACCAAACGGUGCUAAAUGUAGCAUAGAUGCGCUUCUUGAACGUACAAUCAAGCACAUGCUCUUCUUACAAAACGUCUCGAAGCAUGCUGAUAAGGUGAAACAAACCGAGGGGGAGUCUAAGAUUAUGAAGGAGGAAGGAGGAGGAGCGACAUGGGCUUUCGAAGUAGGGUCGAAGUCUCUUAUGUGUCCCAUUGUAGUUGAAGAUAUAACCCCUCCUCGCAUCUUCCAAGUUGAGAUGUUAUGUGAACAACGAGGAUUCUUUCUAGAGAUCGCUGAUUGGAUCAGAAGCUUAGGACUGACCAUCUUGAAGGGUGUCAUUGAAACUCGAGUUGACAAGAUUUGGGCUCGCUUCACUGUUGAGGCGAGUCGAGAUGUGUCGAGGAUGGAGAUAUUCAUGCAUCUAAUGAAUAUUUUGGAGCAGACGAUGAAUUGUGGAGGAGGAAACUCUAAGGCUAUUUUGGAUGGGAUCAAAGCUACAAUGCCCAUUACCAACAACACCUUACCGGUUACUACUGGUGGCUGUUCUAUGUAACACAAAUUAGUGACCGGCUUGGUUAAGCUGGAUUCAUAAUUAGAGGUUACGAGCGGACCGGUCCAGGAGGCUCGCUAUGACUAACUUGAAAAAAUCGGUUUGGCUGUUCAAUGUACAUUUGCUUCUCCUUGUUUUUCAUUUAUCUAUGUUUUGGGUUUUUUGCGAAUUUUAUUUUCUGUAUUGAAUCUCAUUUGUGUGGAUUUUUUUUGUUACUUUUAAUCCUAUGGAGUCGAUAUAAUGAAUUAAUCA